AUGUCUACUCCAGGACUUAGGUUGAGCUUACAAGAUCAAAGUCUGCCCGAAGACGGACGGGGCUUCGUGCGCGCGGUGGUAAAGCUUCUGGCCGACACCCGUGGGAUUCAACUAGAGGAAUGCAGCAUUCAAGAACGACAGCCCGGCUCGACCCUCUGGUACCUGACUUGCCAACCACCGACCAUCCCUCUUGACUCCGAUAUUUUGAUUAUCUCCACUCCUGAUGACUUUUUCACCCAUCUCGCCGUCGAGCUCGACGCCCGCGGCCGUUCUGCAGACGCAUCGACCCUACGGUAUGUCCUCGACCUGUGCCACACCGAGACCGAGCGCGGGGGGUUGGGAUUCCCCGAUUUCCCAGUUGUCGACUGGUCGCUCAAUCAGACACAGCGACAGGGGCUGCAGGGCCUUCUAGAGGCCUGGCUGGAAUCGCUGAACUCCGCCGAAAGGGCCCGAGGUCUGCCCUCUCCCCUGUCCGUCAAAGCCUCGUCCACGCGACCCAUGACGCUGGCGGAAAAGAUCCUGGCGCACCACGCCUUCUCGCUGCCGUCAGCCGAAGGCUUGAGAGGGGGUGACUUUAUCCGUGUCACGGUCGACUGGAUCAUUGCCAGUGAGCUAUCAUGGGUGGGCAUGAAACACAGUAUGACCAGCAUCGGGGAAGAGCCGACGGUUUGGCGAAAUGACCGGUUCUGGCUGGCGGGCGAUCACACGGUGGAUCCCCGGACGUACCACCAACCGCGGGUCCGGGAAUUGAUUGAUGGCAUGCACGAUGCGAAGACGAGGUUCAAGAUGACGGAGAACCAAGGCUCAAAUUUUACGAUCCUGCAUACGGAAUUUGUGCGCGAGCGAGCCGAGCCGGGAAUGCUCGUCCUGGGCUCAGACUCACACACCUGUUCUGCAGGCGCCGUCAGUUCCCUCGCUAUCGGACUCGGUGCGGCGGAUGUGAUGGCGGCGCUGGCCACCGGGGAGACCUGGAUCAAGACCCCGGAGUCGAUCCGCGUGGAGUUCGUGGGCGCACCGGCGUGGUAUAUCCGGGGCAAGGACGUGAUCCUCUACAUAUUGAAAACCCUCAAGCGCAACACCCAUGCCGCGGAUCGGAUUGUGGAGUUCGGGGGGCCGGGGGCGCGCUAUCUGUCCUGCGACGCUCGGUUCGCCAUCUGUAACAUGUGCACCGUAAGGUCUUCUGGGUAUCUAGCUCUGUGUGCCCAAUUCAUCUCGGAUCGGCCCCAGGCCCGCUACAGAACACAGUCGCUGUACUUCCAACCGGACGCUGAUGCUUCUUAUGCUGCAACCUUCCGGAUCAAUCUGGAGGAGGUCGAAUCCUUCAUUGCCCUCUACCCGUCCCCGGACAACGUCGUGCCCGUGACGGAGAAGCUCGACAUGCGCUUCGAGGGCUGCUUCAUCGGCGCGUGCACUACCACCGAGGAAGAUCUAAUUCUGGGCGCCUUGGUCAUGGAAGCAGGCCUGCAGAAGGGGCUGCCGCUAGCCCGCGGGAAACGGAUGGUGGUUCCCGGCAGUCUACCGAUCGUGAGCAACCUGCGCGCUUUGGGGCUGUUGGAUAUCUAUGCCCAGGCUGGGUUUAUACUGCCCGCCGUGAGCUGCAGUCUGUGCCUGGGGAUGGGGGCUGACCGCGCGGGGUCGGGCGAGAAUUGGCUGUCGUCGCAGAACCGUAAUUUCAAGAACCGAAUGGGUCCAGGAUCUACCGGCCAUAUUUGCUCCGCUGCUGUCGUUGCGGCCUCGUCCUUCAGCAUGCAGUUGACCGACCCUCGUCCUCUCCUGCGUCAGGUGUCGGUCGAGAGGUAUCAGACCCUACUUGCCAGCUGUCGACGCAUGAAGGCUGAGCCGCGGGGGAAAUUGCGCGAGCGUCUCAAGGCCAGCACAAACCCAGUCGUCUCACCCCCGAUGCCCCCCGUGGUCGAGCCUUACUUGUCCGUUCGCAAGACUACUACUCCGUCGACAACGACGUCCAUCUCAGGGCUGGAACAAGAGAAGCCGCACAGCGCACCAGCGCAAGUCAUACGCAGCGGGGUCUCGAGGUUGGGGGAUUUCGUAGAUACUGACGCGAUCAUCCCUGCAGCAUUCAUUCUGGAGAGUCCGACCGACGUCCUGCUCGGGAGUCAUUGCUUGGAGCUGACUCACCCCGAGUUUCGCGACCAGGUUCGCGCUGGUCUGGAUGUCGUCGUCGCCGGGAAAGCGUUUGGCUGUGGUUCGUCGCGAGAAGAGGCGCCACGAGCGUUGAAAGGUCUCGGGGUGAAAUGUGUGAUUGCACGAUCGUUCUCCUUCAUCUAUGGACGCAACCAGCCCACCAUCGGCCUCCUCGGCCUCACCAUCACCGACGACGACUUCUACGCGGCGGCUCAGACCGGGGUGGCGAUUGAGAUUGACCUGCCCCGUCGACAGGUCACCCUGAGUGACCGAUCGUACCCGUUUGUGUUGGACGAGAUGGAACUGGCCUUGAUUCAGCGACAAGGGCUGGCGGCGGCGUACAAGAUGUUUGGCAAGACUGUUUUCCAGUCGCUCUGCAACGACACUGGGUCGGAGACAGUGCCAGCCUCUGCGCUGGCCGAGAUGCAUCUUGGACGCCGUCAGGCUGAAAAGAGAGGCAAUCAGGAGGUGCUGGCAUGGUGAAGUCGAUCUUUCCUGUCUCUGUUCC